UGCGGCAGAAGGAGGGAGCAGACUGUCAGUGACCGACUCCGGGAGAGAGGGAUAGAGGCGGAUUCUCACUUCUUUUCUAAGUCUUUUCCCUGCUUCCUUUCUCUGCACUUGUUUUGUCCUUUUUAUCACUCCGCACUCAUUUGUUCUCAAUCUCUCUGUCUUUAAUUCUUUCCUGCUGCUGAUUCUGUCUCUCACUGCAGUUUUUAUUCCUCUGUCCUACAUUCUGGCGUGGUACUAUCUGUCUGUCUGUCUGUCCUCCUCUUCUUCACCUAUGGCUAACUGACGAAGAGCUUCUCCUUUUGCUGUUUCUCUUCCUUUCCCAUUUUCUUUUUCACCACCAUCCCUGUUUCUAUCCCCUUCCUUAGUUCCUCCCCCCUCUUUACUUCAAUCGUUCCUUUUCUUGCACCUGCCUCUCGUCUAUCUGGUGUCUUUUGGUGAGAGUAUGCCAGUGCUGGAGGGGCUCUGGGGCCCAGAUCUUAGGAUGCGGGACUCCGGUCUUGGCGUCGGGGUCGAAGUCGGGGUCUGUCCAGACGAGGCUCCCCACUCUCCAGUUUGGGGGCCUCUCAGAACGCCUCCUAUUACCUGCGGGGGGCUGUCGCUGGCCCUGGAGCUGCCGGCACUCAUACGGCAACUCCGGGCGGCCUGGAGGGCUCGUAGGGGAGGACCCCGGGCACCCGAGAGAAGUCAGGAGAGCACUUGGGUCGAAUCGGAGAAGGAGGAGGUAGAGGAUGUGAAACAUGAUAUAGAGGAAAGGAGCGUGCAUCUGGAAGCUGAUGGCAGACUGAACACUGGUCAUGCUGGUGUGUUGCUGGUUGAGAGACGAGGCUCCUACCCGCUCAUUGACCUGCGAAUCCUCAGAACCAGUGCCCAGCAGGGGGAGGUAGAGGCCGGCACCAGGAGAAAAGUGAAGCGUCUGCUGAGUUUUCAGAGAUACUGCCACGCCUCCAGGCUGCUCAGGGGGUUGGUGCCCCACACCCCCGGGUCACUACACCUACUGGACGACGACUACCUGGGACAAGCUGCACACAUGCUGUCAAAAGUCGGCACGUGGAACUUUGACAUUUUCCUCUUUGAUCGUCUUACAAAUGGUAACAGCCUGGUGACUCUGAUGUGCCAUCUCUUCAAUGUCUACGGUCUCGUUCACCACUUCCAGCUGGACAUGGUCAAACUCCACAGGUUUCUCGGCAUGGUGCAAGAGGACUACCACUCCCAGAAUCCCUAUCACAAUGCUGUUCAUGCUGCUGAUGUUACCCAAGCCAUGUACUGCUACCUGAAGGAGCCCAAGCUGGCAGAGCAGCUCAGUCCCCUGGACGUGUUCCUGGGUCUGAUGGCAGCAGCCGCCCACGACGUGGACCAUCCAGGAGUCAACCAGCCCUUCCUCAUCAAGACCAGACACCACCUGGCAUCCCUCUACCAGAACACGUCAGUGCUGGAGAGUCACCACUGGAGAUCCACUGUGGGCAUGCUGCGAGAGUCGGGACUGCUGUCCCACCUGCCUGCUGACAUGUCGCAGGACAUGGAGCAGCAGCUGGGCUCUCUCAUCCUGGCUACAGACAUCAGCAGGCAGAACGAGUUCCUGUCAACCUUCAGAGAACAUCUGGACAACCAGGACCUGGACCUUCAACUGGCUUCACACAGACACUUUAUACUGCAGAUUGCUCUAAAGUGUGCAGACAUCUGUAAUCCAUGUCGCGUCUGGGAGCUGAGCAGACAGUGGAGCGAGAGAGUGUGUGAGGAAUUCUACAGGCAGGGUGACCUGGAGAGAAAGUUUGACAUGGAGAUUAGUCCACUGUGUAACCAGCAGGCUGACUCUGUCCCAGCCAUUCAAAUAGGGUUCAUCUCCUACAUCGUGGAGCCUCUGUUUGACGAGUGGCAUCGCUUCACCGAGCCCAGCCCGCUCAGCCAGACCAUGAUGGGUCACCUGCACAAAAACAAAGCCCGCUGGAGCCGCCUACGUUACGCACACACACCUUCAGACACACAAACAAACUCUGAGGAGCCGGAGGCGGAGGGAGGAGAAGGGGGAGGAGGAGAAGGGGAAGACAUCCCUUAAUCUUCCUCUUGUCUCUAGAGGUGUUUGAUCUUCCCUUUGUAAACGGAGGAGAGGAGUGUUAAUCCACCUCCUUAUUUGUCCUCCAGCAUAUUACCUCCCACUGCUGGUUGUUCACAGAUAGUGGGAGCACUGGAAUGGAGUCUGGCUUCAAUUCAUGAGAAAUGGCUCCCUCUGCUGGAGCGGAGGAUUGUAGCCCUGGAGGGGGAAAAAAGAAGACCGAGAGCGAGUCAGGGUAGGGCAGGUGAAUGGAUAAUCUUAGUAAAUAUAUGCCAAUUUGACAAAGUCAUGCCUUGCUCUUUACCCCACUGAUAUCUGCUUCAAAGGUUAUAUCUGAUGACAGAAGAAGGAUCAAUGAAGACAAGUAUUAAUGUUUUGCACAAUGCUGCUCGAACAAUAAAGAAAUUUUAAAAAAAUGCCAAAAUUAUAUACAUAAGUCAGCUGGACUGUGCAGGAAGUAAAAUAUAUAACAGACAAAGAGGACUAUAUGAAUAUAUCCACUGUACUAUGCUUUUUAAACUUUUAGACAAUACAUACUGUAUUAAGCUCUUUUCACUUUUUCUCUUUUUGUACAGCUUGCACUUCUACUGGAUGCUCUUUCAAGUGUCUCACUUGUCUACUUUUCACUGAAGUGCGUUUUUAACUCACUAAGUUGGUACGUCAAGGUACUGUAUGUGUUCUGUUUUAACUGUGUAACCUGUAAGACUGACUGAUACAGUUAAUGACUGACACAGAGCGGCUGGUGUCGCUCAGUUGUUUGAAUGCUGAUAUCGACUGUCAGCUGGAUGUUUUGUGGAUGCGGGGGAACACAAUCCGGAGCCAUUUUCUAAAGUAUUUGUGUUCAUGUAACGUUAUUAUAAUCUGUACAUACUGUGAUGUACGACCUCAGCACUUCACAUGCCAAAAUCUCAGCAAUGUAUUAACCUUUUUACUGGGAAAUAUAACUCUUUACACUGGUGUUACCUUUGUAACAGCUCAAUUGGUGCAUUUAUUUUUCAGAUAACCUCACUUUACAAGCUCAUAUACAACAAAGCCUUAACUUGGUCUGAAACACAUUUUCUAACAGUGUUACCAUUUCUGAACUUACAAGCUUUCUUACACUUACAGUUUCUGCCUGUUUUCUUCAGCCAUACCAGCGUACUGAAACACACCCACCCACACACACACACACACACACACACACACACACACACACACACACACACACACAGAGUACUGUAGUAGCUUGCAUCCUGUUUGAUCUUUCACCCAGUAUCAGGGUCAGAAUGGGUUUUACACCUGGUGAGCAUUGCCAAGGUGCCAAUGUACUGUUCUGAUACAUCAACUCACUGCUCUGUUACCUCUCUAAGGUUUUUAUAUUACUUUCUUUUUACACUACUGCAGGCACCAUGUGCACUGCAACUUAUGUCACAUACAGACUUGGGCCAAUUAGUAAUUGCAAAUACCUCAAAUUCUAAUAUCUAAUUCAUAAUAUCUUAAGAAAACUAUACACAAAAGUACAUACAAUUAAUCAUCUUAAAUGGUACUUAUAUAUCUACAAUGCUGAAACCGAUCCACAUGGCUUGAAACAAAGCAUAUAAAGCAUUUGUAAAUAUCAGUUGGUCCAAGUGGAACAUGUACCAAUACAAAACGGCUUCUUUUAUCUUUUUUUUUUUUUUUACCACUUUGCUCUAAAUAAUGUAUAGUUAAGGUUGUCACAUUUCCCAUCUGGCAUGGUCGAGGCUGUGUGCUGCACACGGUGCUAACAGAAACCCCACGUCUUCCCUGAGCUAUAAAGGAAAUAACCCGAGCUUUAUGAUUCUAACAACCCAGCUGACAUACAGUAUAUUCUACAUGCAGUGUAUUCUCCAAGGUUACCACAGAUGCGUUCAUAACAAGUGUAAAAACGAUUAUAAAGCAAUUUGCUUUCUUUGAGAAUUUUUAAGCUGUUUUUAUGGGGUGUGGUGCAAAAACGUUCAUAUCUAUGUAUAGCUCUGGUAAUUGAUAAGUUAAUGAUUAAUGUCUUCACCAUAGCACUAUUGGCUUUGCUGAAACUCCCACUAUAUUAUGUAAGCACCCAUAUUGUCUAAAGUUCACACUGUUGUCACUGUCGUUGUUGUGAAGGGGAAUCACAGACUAUGACACAGGACUCUGUGACUAUAUAUUUCCUAAAAACGGCACUAUUUUAUUAUCUGUCACACAAUACUGCCGUAGUGUAGACAUACUGUAGUCGAAUUCAAUACCUCUCAGAAUCAGCACUGAUACAGGGUCACUGAGCCGUACUGGUUUCACUAACAAGUACAAAUAUACACUAACAAGUAUGUGUUUCAUAAAGGUUUCUAUGCCAGAGAGAUUAUUAUAUGAGAUUCACUAAAAGUAUUGUCUUUAUUUAAAAGAAACUAGUCUAAUAUAAAAUCAUUAACUGUGAUGGUAAAGACAUUUGUGUAGACACACCACCUACAGUAGCAUUUAUCAUUAGACCGGACUCACAGAAUGGACAAAACUUAUAUGACUAUAUGCAUAAAGUUGGGGGCAUGUAUUACCUUUUGUACCUCCUUACAAAAACCCUUAUCCUACCGACUGGGGUACCCACAGGCCCCAGGAGUAAACUU